CCGCAGUCUCUGGUCAUCUCCUGUACUGUGUCUGCAGUCUCUGGUCAUCUCCUGUACUGUGUCCGCAGUCUCUGGUCAUCUCUGUACUGUGUUUCCGCAGUCUCUGGUCAUCUCCUGUACUGUGUCCGCAGUCUCUGGUCAUCUCCUGUACUGUGUCCGCAGUCUCUGGUCAUCUCCUGUACUGUGUCCGCAGUCUCUGGUCAUCUCCUGUACUGUGUCGCAGUCUCUGGUCAUCUCCUGUACUGUGUCCGCAGUCUUGUGAAACGCAUGCAAGAGCAUGUUUUUUUUUUUCAGCACAGCAAA